AUGCCGCCUAACUUCGCCAACGCUGUGGCGCGCAUGCCCUUCCUGGAGCCACUCCACGACGCCGCUCAGACGACGAGGAAGCGUGCUGCUGAAGCGAGAGCAUACCCUAGCCCCGCGAAGAGGAGUGCGGGGGGAGCCGGUGACGGACACUGCAGGCGAAGGGAUGUCGUCCGUUGCUUGUGCUCGCACCACCGUCGCCCCCCGCUCUGCGCCCCGUUCCCGCAGAAUAAUAGCGCCGCAAUUUACCGGCAACACAUGAACGAAAUGUGGCUUGUCACGGAAAUGUCACUGGGCACGCCCAAGUGCGACAGCAUACCGCGAAAGCCAGGGCAAGUGAUAGAUCCACAACCAGUAUGA